AUGCGUCGCGCACCGUCCUCGAGGGGGAAGGACGCGGACGCACUGCGGGUUUCAGUAUUUGAUGCAGCGUAUCAGAUUGGGCUUUCAGAUCCCAAUGCACUACGCUGGUUAGAACAGAACUCGAAUAUCAGUGAGGAGGAUGAAGAGGAGGAGCAACCCGAGACCCGACCUACUUCCGAUGCGAAUCCACCCUCACUCGUGUUUUCCAGCUCGAGCUCAGAGCAUAGUAGUUCAGUAGCCACCCCGUCUAACGACCACUCCACGACCUACCGUACACCAUACAUCCGUCACCAAGCUUAUCCCAAUGCUCAAUUUCACCCCAAGCAACAGCCAAAUCCUCAAGCCGCAGCUCCCAUAUACCCUGAUUCUCUCUCACCACUGGCACCCAAUCUAUUCAAUGCUCCGAACCUGCCCUCCCGCCUCCAGAUUCCAUCCCAGAAUUCUUCCGAUCCGUGGCCCCCCACACCACUCGCGAUCGCUUCGCUUUCGCCAAUUUCCCAACCUGCCAGCCGUGCACCAACACCUGGCGACAAGGGUAACAUCAAACAAAUACCCGAGCCGAAAAAGUCGAAGAAAUUGACCAAGGUACCUCGCGGAGGAGACAGCGAGCCAGAGACGGCUUCUACUCGCAAGGGGAGUGCCAGCGGAGGGAGCGGGAACCUGAAUACUAUCGGAUCAGCCGGAGCCGCCCCGCCCACGCUGCCAUUCCUCCCAUUUCCAAGCACCGUAUCGGGAGAAACUUUGAGCUCGGACGCGUCCGUAUCCGGUUUUUCGAUUGCAUCUGCUGUGUCUGGUUCGUCAUCCGGCACUGUUACCCAAUCCAUGUUUGCGCCGUCCCGUACGUCAAAUGAACCCCGCUCCAUCUUCGAGGAUGACGACAGUGCUCGGAAUACACCUGUUGGAGGACCUUCCGGCCACACCCACAAUUCCCCGUCCACUUCCACAGCAAAUUCCAAUGAAACCGGGACAAACCAGCCCAAGGACAAGGAAGGAAAGCUAUUGCGUACUAUGCGCUCGUUCAAGUUUUCUCUCAAGGGCCAGAAGACACCAAAGACCAACCCAGUCGACGCUCCACCGGUACCCAACGUACCUACUCUACCACCGGUGCUGACACUCGAACUGGAUAAAGGGACAGGCCUAACCGGACAGCUUGACAGUGCAAAUUCGCAGGACGGGAAGAGGGCGUCGCCUCUAACCAAAGAGCAGGAGCGGGAGGAGCGAGUGCUAAAGAUUGCGGAUAUGUUUGCUUCAGAGCUCAGUCGGAAUACUCGCAGUGGAUCGGAGUCGGGUAAUGUUUCGUCGGUGUAUACUACCCAGUCUUAUUCCGACGCUGGGCAUGGCAUCCAAUCUGAUCUCGGACACGCCUCUUCGAAUCUCCCGUCAAAGCCCGAGCUCAGCCAUGCUUCGCGUUCUGAUUUGGGACACCCUCCAAUUCGCAUCGCUGGGGCGGCGCGGAACGUGCAGACGAAACCAAUGGUCACUCGCAGGAGGUCCGUCGAUGAGCCAGACGCAGCAGUUGCAGAGGCCUUGAAAGCUACCGACCGCACCAUAAUAGGGACAGUAGGAACCAGGAAUGGGCAUGCCAGGACACGAUCCAAAAGCGGUGAUUUUACUGGUAUAGGAUGGGAGAAGGGUGGGCGACCUACGAUUUUGCCUGAUACUCACGAGAAUAUCGUUGCACCCGGGCCGGACAACCCAGCCGUGACUCAAAGGCCGAUGGCCAAACCCCCGCCAACAAAGAGGCCUCCGAAGCCCGCUCCUACAAGACGCUUCUUCGUCACCAACCCUUCCCGAAUCAGUACCGCAACUACUGUAGCCACGGUUUCGCCUCCAAGGAAUGUCUCGGGAAGCAGCCCGGUCAGCCCAAUCCCAUACAAUCCGCUCAGUCCGACUGUUGCGUUUGGUAACGGCUCUAGGAGCUCCAGCGAGCACCAAGGGUCUGGAACACACGGAGAGCGCGAUGAUACCCGAGCACUGGAAGUACAACACCAGUUACAGUCCUUUGUUGCGUCUAUGAGAGGGGUCGGAGACUACGAUGGUGCCGAAAGCCUGGAGAGCACAUUCGCUAGAGGUAGCACAUACGAGAUUGGCCGGAACAGUGACGAAGGUUAUGGCCGAGGAAGUCAAGAAAGUCGGAAACCAUUCGUCCGUAUUGCGAACGACACGGAUACGGUUCGUUCCAGCGGAGAGUAUGACCCCUUCCGUACUCAAUCUGCCAAACCGCGACCCGCACCUAUGAACCUACCCAGACCAGAAGCUUUCGCAGCCAUGGCCAUUGCUGCCCCUGUCCCUGCGAAGCGCAAUAUACCGCCCCCUCCGACUUCAUUCCGGACGCCAGAGAGUGAACUUCCAACCGGCUUGGUACGGACUUCCUCUGUCUCUGCGCGGCCCUCUGUUACUAUUAGCGAGGUAUCGGAGCGACCCAUGUCUGCGGACUUGAUGGAGACAGUCACAUUACCGAUUGCUGCGCCAGAUAUGCCGGCUAAGCUAGAUGAUGCCGGCGGCAACCAUGCACGGACGGAUAGCAAGACGAGCGAAAUUGGACUGGGAUAUUCAGGUGAUGAGUUCAUCGUGCCUAGCCCCUCCUGGGCACCUUUGGAUCUCAAACGAGGCCGUUCUGGGAGUAUCAAUGCCAUCCCUGACUCUGCUGCUCCCCAGGAUCCUCAGAUCCCAGACGCUUCGACCCAUUCUGGGCAAUUCCUUGAUGUCCGAGUUGAUCGGCAGCGUGCGUCGGGCUUGUCCAUCCCUCGAAGUGUAACCCCGGACUCGCCGCACCCACCACAGGCCCCACCUCGCUCCACAUUAAGUCCACCCCCGACGAUCCCUAGCACUUUUUCAGUUGCCAGAUCAGCGACACCCCUUUCGCAGUCAAGGUCUGGGACUCCUAUUGCGCCCGCUCAAUCAACUACAUCCCAACCCACCCGCGCAUUUAGCCCACAAGCGCGGGCAGCUUCGCCAGCUCUGACCCGGCCUCAGCAACGUGACACACCUUCUCCACCUCUCCCACGGAACAAACUUCCCAGUCGUGCUUCAUCGGUUUCGAGUUCUUCGUCUAUUGACCAGAGCGUAGCUCAACAUGUGCGCUCGCCGGCAUCUCGUAAUGCUACACUCCCAUCUGGCCACGGCCUACUGCUGCACCACGUCUCGGUUGUGGCUGCAUCCAAUUCACGACCUCCACCGCAUCCACUAUCCAAUCCAUGGCAUCAACGCCUACACCUUGGCUUGCCCCCUCGAUCAAUGUCGGUGACACCUACUCCACGCGACGAGCUUCUUCCACACGAGCAAUCCUCUAGGUUCCUAGAUCCUGAAUCGAUUCCAGCGGCUCAAAAGCGCGGUCGUGUUUCUCCUUUCCCUGUGCGGCCCUUGAGAGCCCGUAGUGGUAGCCGAGACCGACUGGCAGAGAUCGAGCAGCCAUCUCACAUUCAGCGCGAGAAGUACCCUGGCGGGACCGAGAAACAAUUAAUGGACGGAACAUUGCCUCGCGUGCGUUUCAUUGGCGGCGAUACGCGCCGCGCUGAGUCGCCUCCCCCUACCGAUCGCUGGCAAGAGGCAGAGACUCGACCUGUGUCUUGGCAGGAAUUCAAGGAGCCAAGUUAUUUGGGUUACGACGACGAGACUACCCAGGGUUACUAUGAAGGGCUGCGCUACUCAGCUUACGAGGACGAGCCAGCUUCGGGUGACACGAUGAAUGCGAUGCCAGUCACCCCGAUGGAUCCCGAGCCGAACCAGGACUCGGCGUCUACCAUGGGCCCUUCCACACGCCAGCAGCCUGGCUGGAUCUUGAACGAGACCAGCCCUGCCUCCCGGGAGUCGACAUUCACACUCGCGUCAGUAUACGAUGAUGAAGAUGAAGAUAUUGCACCUGUGCCGAAGACUGAGAAGCUUGCGGCCGCUGUCCGAGGGAUGAGCCAAAACGGCUGGGUAGCCGGCCGCAUUUAA